AUGGCGGCUAAGUUUACAUCUGAGUCACGGCGUAGGUUAGCACUUGUGAUUGGUAUCGGUGAUUAUGAAAAUGUCCGAAAAUUACAAAAUCCUCAAAAUGAUGCGAAAGCAUUAUCAUCUCUCUUACAACGUAUCCGCUUUACUAUUGCUGAUCAACACUUGGAUCAAACACGCAAUCAGUUGCAACAUGUUCUUGUGGAUUUUGAAGACUCAAUACAAUCUAACGAUAUAGUCCUGUUUUAUUUUGCUGGACAUGGGAUACAAUGGGAAGAUCAAAACUAUUUGCUGCCAAAAGACUUUCCAGACAUGGAUGCAGUAGAUGAAAAGAAAAAAGCUGAGUUUUUAAAAAAGAAUGCCAUUAAUGCACAAGAUAUUCUUAACACAUUAAGUGAUAGAAAACCAUAUGUUACCAUUUUUCUGUUGGAUUGCUCUAGACAAUAUUUCUUAAGGACCACUGAUAUAAACAGAGGUGCUUUAAACGCAAACGAAUAUCAAUCAGUUGGACUGACAGCGAUGCACAAAGCAGGCUCUUUGAUUGCUUUUGCUUGUGCACCUGGUGCAUUAGUCGACGAUAAACCUGAAGAAAAAAAUAGUUUAUUUAUGAAACAUCUUUUGAAACAUCUUCCAACUCUGAAUGAAGACAUUGUAAAUACACUGCGAAAUGUGACUCGUGGAGUGAUGCAGGAUUCUAAUUCAAAACAAAUUCCAUUUAUCAGUGUUCAAUUAAGACAUAACAAUAUAUACAUGUGUGAGCAAACUGACGACUUUUCAACAGCGGCCAUUAUUGGCACAACUAAUCCAACACGAGAGAUACGUUCAAACAGCUCAUCUCAAAUCGAUACAUCUUCAGCAGCUACUGACACUGCUGGAAACACUGGAAUAGGCUCAUUUACCAAAAAGGUGAGAAAAAUAUCAUUUUAGAAAGUAAGUCUUAAUCAAAUAUAACAUCUUUUCAGAUAUCACGCAUUAAAAUUAAUACUUCUAUAAGCAAAAGUAAGGUUUCGUAUCAUUAUUUCGCUGCCUUGAGAAUUAUUGGAAUAAUAUCACUAUCAUUGUGCAGACCUGCUAUUCUCACAACUAAAACUUUUAGAUAAUAUAAUCUCUUAUCGAAUUAUUCUUCUUAUU